UCCACACCCAUGCUAAUUUCCGCCACAAAACAUUGGAGCAAUAUCCCGAUAUAUUUUAUGAAUUUAAUGAUGAAAAUAUUGAUUAUUAUGGAAUUACUGAUGGGGCAUCAUGCCCUUUAUGCAAGUUAGACCAUGAUGAUGAGGAAGGCAUAGAAGCCAAGUCUGAUAAAAUAUUAUCCUCCGAAUAUCUGGAUUGGUAUUCCAAAUUAACUGAUUUGCCAACCACUAUAUCUGAUAAACUUCGUUCCAAGUUAUAUAAAAUAUAUAAGAAAAAAACUGGGCUUGAUCCUUGGAUAAAGUAUAAAAAUCCGGAACCCCCACAAAUCAAAAAGACUGAUAAUUGUAUCUUACAGGACAGUUCGCCAGAAACCCAG